GUUUGUCCUUAGUGACUCUGAGGUGGGUUUAUCGAGGAUCACCAGACAGUUUUCCCACUAAGCAAUUGGACGCAUGCUGUCUGCUACCUGUGAUUAUGUCAGGGUCACCAACAGUUAACUCCUAAGUAUUCCAGACACAUCGGUGCCCUGACAUUUCAGGACUUGAGUUGCUGGAUCACAUUGCCUGUGCGGAGACAUCAUGUAUGUAUCGGUGCCCUGCUGUUCCUGUUGGCAUGUUCUUCUGUGCCUGCUGUGUGCCCUGCUGCUGAUGGACAAAGGGUGCUGCACAUGGACCCCUGGCACCAACUACAGAUAUCCUCAAGUCAAAGCCAGGGAGCCCCUCUCUUCCCUCAGAAGGAACUGGUGUUCUGUGCCAAUCAGCCGAACAGUGUCUUGCCAAGUCCAGAAUGGCACCUUUUUGCAGAGAGUAUACCAGAACUGUCACUGGGCAGCAGGCUGCUCUGGGGGAAGUUAUAGGACUGUUGUCAGGCCAACCUAUAGAGUCAGCUACAAGACAAUGACCAUUCUGGAGUGGAAAUGCUGCCCAGGAUACAGAGGGGUAAACUGUGAUGAUGGCCCUGGAUCCCUAUCAGAGGUGCAGGAAGCUCCACGGAUCACUACCACAGUUCGUAAAAUGCCCCCUAGAGAUGGAGCCACCUUCUCAGGAUGUCUGAACUGCAGUCAGAUUCCAGAGCUAAGUGAACGCCUAAGCUCCUUGGAAGCCAAGGUUGCCAUGAUUGCAGCUUCUGAUGCUGCACAAGGGACUCGAUCUCCACCUCAGUCAGCGGGGCUGUGGGGAAGCCCACAAACACGUGGUAGUCCUGGGGAGGUGGGCAUAAAGGGCAUAAGCACAAGAAAAGGCACAGUAGGGCCAAUAGGUACUCCAGGGAGCCAAGGAUCACUAGUAAUGAAAGGCCUGGCAGGACCACCAGGUCCUCCUGGUGCUCCUGGUCCUCCUGGAAAGGAUGGUGCUGCAGGUGCCCCUGGAGAGAGAGGUCCUCCUGGGCCAUCGGGUCCCCCUGCUCCAGGAUAUCAGAGACUUGUAGAUCAGGAUCUUUUCAAUUCAAACCGUUUUUCUGAAAGUGGGGGAUACAAUGUUCAGGGACCCAGAGGUCCCCCAGGUCCAGCAGGGCCACCAGGACCACAGGGAAAAACUGGGCCACCUGGAGUGAUGGGCCAAAACGGGUUACCUGGCCCUCCAGGAAGGGAUGGCUUCAGGGGAGAGAAAGGAGAUACUGGUCCAACUGGUCAGCCAGGAGAGCCUGGGACAAAAGGGGAAUUGGGUCCUUCUGGACAUAAAGGGGAACCUGGAGAGAGAGGGGAGCCGGUGGUCAGCUUAGCCUCCUUCCUGCAGCUUCAAGAGCAGCUGGAGCUGCUGGUUAAAAGGGUCACUCUGCUUGAGUACAUAAUGUGGCCAGAGACAGACGGAGGCUCUGGAACAGAACCAUCACCAACAAGCACCAGUGGAUUUUAUCGGGGACGGCGCAAUGGACCAUCAGCUUACAGAAUUUUGCCAUCUCAAAAUGAUGAGGAGGAAGAUGACAGCUUUUGAUGCUUAUUCUUAUGCUGCCACUGUUAUCCUCACAAGGUUUAUCUACCCACCAUGGAUCUUAUUUGUGCCUUAUAACCAUACUAUUAAGAGUAAAGGACAGGCCCACAGAGUUAUGGCUUCUUGCACGCAGUCUUCGUGAAAGCUCUUCCCAGGCCUGAACCUUAGGAUCUUACUGCAUGAAUACAUUUAAACAAAUCACAUAGGUGGUUGUUAUUCUGUGCUCAAGCAGGACAUGUAUAGAAAGUAUGGUGUUCAUUCAUACCUUCCACGUAUGCUAUACUACCUUCCCUAUAAUAUUUAUGAUGUCUGAAAAUUCAGCAACAUAUCAUCAGCGCAUCAAGUUGCUGGCACAGUUGUGCAAAAAGAAGGCUUGAUUCUUUAAAUGUGUUGCGUCAGCAUAUACUGAAGAUGAUUUAAUGCUGGACUGCAACCUGCAAUGGCGCAACUACAGCCUUUGUUGUAAAUAGAGAGGAAAGAUUGUAUUAUUGUUCAGAUCCAAACAACAUUGUCUUUUCUAUGUAUUGUUUAAAUCUAUAUCAGCUACAUUAUUAUUACCUGGUAUAAACAUCAAAGUAAUGCAUUGCCAUAGUAAACAUUAAAUGAAGAGCCCAUUUACUGCAAGCCAUUAUCUAGUGUCCACUGGAUUGGAUCAUUUGUGCCAACUUCUGGUUCCAAAAUCUGGAACUGAAAUUGGUCACCAAAGAAGUUUAGGGUGUGUAUACAUUCUUAUUGCAGUGUGUUGCCAUGCAGUUUACUUCAGACUGCAGUGAUCAUGCUUUGAACUGCACAUGGUUCUUCUCCGUGGUGACUGCCCCCUUAUUGUGCAUGACUGUACUCCAAAUCAUGAAAGAGCUCUCAGAUGUCCUUGGUGCAUUUUGCAGUAAUUGCUUUAUGCAUACUAGGAAGCAGCCACCAUAGUUACUACAGGUGAUC